UGGGCACUGGCGGCCCCCCCAGAUCCCCACUGCCGCUGCAGCCCCCCAAUCCCCAGCCCUGGGCAGGGCAGGCUCCAGGCCCGCCAGCAGCUGAGCGUCGCCUGUGCUGUCUGCUGCCUCUUCAUGGUCGGGGAGGUGAUAGGUGGGUACCUGGCACACAGCCUGGCCGUCAUGACCGAUGCAGCCCACCUGCUGACAGACGUGGGCAGCAUGUCCGUCAGCCUCUUCUCCCUCUGGGUCUCCAGCCGCCCACCCACCAAAACCAUGACCUUUGGUUGGCACCGCUCGGAGACACUGGGUGCACUGGCCUCUGUCCUCUCUAUCUGGGUUGUGACCGCAGCCCUUGUCUAUCUGGCGGCCGCCCGCAUCAUCAGCAAUGACUACGAGAUCGAGGCACGAGCCAUGCUGGCCACAUCCGCCUGCGCUGUCGGCGUCAAUCUGGUCAUGGCCUACAUCCUGCACCAGUCCCCUGCUGGCCACGGCCAUGGCACAGGGGCCUACGAGCAGCUGGAGAGCUCUGUGGCCUGCCAGCCCAGCCACAGCCCCCUGCCUGGCAGCACCAGUGUGCGGGCAGCCUUCGUCCAUGUGGUGGGGGAUCUGCUGCAGAGCGUCAGUGUCCUCGUGGCUGCCACCAUCAUCUACUUCAAGCCCCAGUGUAAGAUCGCAGACCCCAUUAGCACCCUCUUCUUCUCUGUCUUCGUCCUUGGCUCCACCAUCACAAUCCUCAGAGAUGUCUUCAGGGUCCUCAUGGAAGGGACACCGCGGGGCCUCGAGUUUGAUGCGGUGAAGGAGGUGCUGCUGGGGACCAGCGGGGUGCGGGGUGUCCAUGACCUCCAUCUCUGGGCGCUGACGCUGAGCCACCCUGCGGUGUCGGUGCACGUGGCUGUGGAUGCCAGCGCUGAUGCCGAGAUGGUGCUGCAGGAGGUCACUGCCCAGCUCCAGAGCAGGUUUGGCUUUGCCUCGUGCACAGUACAGGUGGAGCAGCACCACGAGGAGACAGCAGGCUGCCCCCACUGCCAGGACCCCCGAGCCUGAGACCCCCACCCACGCUGCUACAUUGGGCCAGAUGUGGCCCUGGCCCCAGCUCCUUGCGCUAGAGCAGGGCAGUGCUUGAGAUCCCAUCCUCCCCUCUACCCCACACCACUGCUGUGGAGUCCUGGGGUGGGACAGUGACUCCAGUGUGGUGUCCUGGGGGGAUGGACGCAUGGCCUGGCCUGUGGAACACAGGGGGCUCCCUGGGAUCUUCCACUCCCUGAUGUGCCACAGCUCCUGAGGUGGAAUCCUGCCCCACCACCCAGUCCCCAGGGAGCCUGUCUGUCCUGGCAGAAGGGGACAUCCCCCAAGGGGGACCUCAGACCUGGCCUUGGCCCCAGCCCCACACACUGCUGCCUGAGCUCCAUCUGAAUCCUGCUGUUCCUGAUCCAUUCCCUCUGCUGAGUUGUGCCUGUGCCCCUGGUGUCCACCUGUCCAUCUGUGCCAGCAGCAGUGCCAGCACUGCCAAUAAAUGUGUUGGAGCAG